AUUUUUCGGAAGGAGGGCACAUUUUUGCAAAACCUUUCAUCCAAGAACCGUUACCCUGCAGCUCCACCUUCCGGAGUUACUACCAUCCUUUCUUCGCAAAAUUCCAUCUCAAAUCACAUUCACUUUCUCUUUGUUACCAUGGAUCUGUUGCACCAAUACUCCGGCGACGACGAACCAGACUCCUCGCCGCCGCCCGAAAACCCUAACUCCCCCGAUUCCUCCCCGCCGCGCCUCCUCCCUGGCCGCUCCGCCGCUCCCUCCGUCGACGACACCAUGCUCGCCCUGACCGUGCAGCCACACCGCAAGACCCUCUCCAACCCCAUUGAUCCCACGCAGCACAACGUCGCCUUCAACCCUACCUUCGACCAGCUCUGGGCACCAAUCCAGGGCCCUUCCCACCCUUACGCCAAGGACGGCAUCGCCCAGGGCCUCCGCAAUCACAAGCUUGGCUUCGUCGAGGACGCCGCCAUCGACCCCUUUCUCUUCGACGAGCAGUAUAAUACCUUCCACAAGUUUGGCUAUGCUGCUGACCCCUCCGCAUCCCAUUACGUCGGCGAUUUCGAUGCCCUAGCGAAGAACAACGCUAUUUCGGUGUAUAACAUCCCCCACCGCGAGCAGAAGCGGCGAAAAAUGGAGAAGAAGGAGGGAGGAGAGGAGGAAGAAGAAGAACUUGAUGGUGGUGGUGACGAAGAAGGAGAGGCUGAGAACCCUGCUUCGGAUGUGUGGCUUGCGAAGAACAAGAAGAGUCCUUGGUUUGGGAAGAAGGAAGGGUUGCAGGGUGAGUUGACUGAGGAGCAGAAGAAGUAUGCUGAGGAGUAUGCCAAGAAGAAAGGGGAAGAGAAGGCCGGUUUUGGUGGCGAAAAGGCUGAGGCUGUUAAGGAUAAGAGCACUUUCCAUGGGAAGGAAGAGAGGGAUUAUCAGGGUAGGUCUUGGAUUGCGGCUCCUAAAGAUGCUAAGGCUAGCAAUGAUCAUUGUUAUAUACCUAAGAGAUUGGUGCAUACUUGGAGUGGACAUACAAAGGGUGUCUCGGCAAUUCGGUUUUUCCCCAAGUAUGGUCAUUUGAUAUUAUCUGCAAGUAUGGAUACCAAGGUUAAGAUUUGGGAUGUGUUCAAUUCGGGGAAGUGUAUGAGGACUUACAUGGGGCAUUCGAAGGCGGUGAGGGAUAUUUGUUUCAGCAAUGAUGGGACUAAAUUCUUGAGUGCUGGUUAUGAUAAGAAUAUCAAGUAUUGGGAUACUGAGACUGGGCAGGUGAUAUCAACGUUUUCGACUGGGAAGAUCCCUUAUGUGGUGAGGCUUAACCCUGACGAGGAUAAGCAGAAUGUGCUAUUGGCCGGUAUGAGCGAUAAGAAGAUUGUUCAAUGGGAUAUGAAUACAGGGCAGAUAACUCAGGAGUAUGAUCAGCAUCUUGGUGCUGUGAAUACCAUUACUUUUGUUGAUAACAAUAGGAGAUUUGUUACUUCCAGUGAUGAUAAGUCUCUCAGGGUGUGGGAAUUCGGUAUCCCUGUUGUUAUUAAGUACAUCAGCGAGCCACACAUGCACUCAAUGCCAUCCAUUUCGCUUCACCCCAACUCUAAUUGGCUCGCUGCGCAGAGCUUGGAUAACCAGAUACUUAUUUAUAGCACCAGGGAGAAGUUUCAGCUCAACAAGAAGAAGAGGUUUGCCGGUCAUAUUGUGGCUGGAUACGCAUGCCAAGUCAAUUUCUCGCCAGAUGGGCGCUUUGUGAUGUCAGGAGAUGGCGAGGGUAAGUGUUGGUUCUGGGAUUGGAAGAGUUGCAAAGUCUUCAGAACUCUCAAGUGUCAUGAAGGUGUGUGCAUUGGUUGUGAGUGGCAUCCCUUGGAGCAGAGUAAGGUAGCAACAUGUGGCUGGGAUGGGUUGAUAAAAUACUGGGACUAGUUUCGCGUGUCCAAUAUCACCUGUUGCUGGAAUCAGUGGGCAGACAGAAGCAAGUCCCUUGACAUCAAGGGGAGGCGCAACAUACUGAAUUCACUUGCUGAUAUGGUGCUCAUUGGUUCAAAUUUCAAGGGCAUAAACUUAAAUAUUUGAGAUUUCUCGUCACUGAUCCUCAAGAUAUCAGUCACUAAGCAUUACAUGCUUAUUGCAGUGUUGUAAUAGCAGCAGAACAAGGAAAAGUUUUGCCAUUUUGUUUAUUACACUUUUUUGUAUAAUAGCAAGUUUUAAGCUAGGUAUUUCAUAUACGUGAACUGUCUCGUGUUGUAGUUUAUUGCGGUUAUGACUAGGAAUCUUUGGAAAAAUUCGUGGAUGAAUAUUAUUGACAAUGAUUUUAGAAAAUAAAGUAAGAGUUAGAAUCCAA